CCAGAUUGGUGAGUCGCGAAACACCGAACCACUCACUCACUAUCGGCCUCUCUUUAAAUCCUCGACCCCGUCAGAACCCUAGUACUCCCUAUCAUCUCGCGCCUCUCAAAUCUCUCAGCUCCAUCGCCGCAGUGAAGCAACCUGCACACUUAGCUAGAAUGGCAGUCACAUUCUAUGAUGUCAACUCACCCUCUGGCCUGAAGAAACUUGAUGAUUACCUCCUUACUCGUAGUUACAUUACAGGCUAUCAAGCUUCCAAGGACGAUCUUACUGUAUAUGGAGCUAUUUUCAAGGCUCCAUCAGCUGAAUAUGUUAACUUGUCUCGGUGGUUCAAUCAUAUUGAUGCACUCUUGAGGAUCUCUGGUGUUUCUGGAAAAGGAUGUGGUGUCACUGUUGAGGGAUCUGCUCCCAUCACAGAGGAGGCAAUUGCAACCCCUCCAGUUGCUGACACUAAGGCCUCAGCUGCAGAAGAAGAUGAUGAUGAUGAUGUAGACCUUUUUGGCGAGGAGACUGAAGAGGAGAAGAAGGCUGCAGAAGAACGUGCUUCUGCCAUCAAGGCAUCUGGCAAAAAGAAAGAGUCUGGCAAGUCCUCGGUCCUUUUGGAUGUGAAGCCAUGGGAUGAUGAAACUGACAUGAAAAAACUUGAGGAAGCAGUAAGAAGUGUUCAGAUGGAAGGGCUGUUUUGGGGAGCAUCUAAACUGGUCCCGGUUGGGUAUGGUAUCAAGAAAUUGCAGAUAAUGCUUACCAUUGUGGAUGACUUGGUAUCUGUUGAUAGUCUCAUUGAGGAACAGCUUACAGAAGAACCAAUUAAUGAGUUUGUCCAGAGUUGUGAUAUUGUGGCCUUCAACAAAAUAUAAUUGGAGGGUUUGCCUCGCGUGUCAGCUGGAUAGAUUGCAGUGGUGGAGAGAUUGAAGACCUUUAUUUAUGUCUAUUUAUUCUUCCUAUAUUUGAUGCAGAACAAAUUAAUAUCCCAAGUUUUGUUUGCAGGACUUGUGGUCUGUUACUUUGCUUUGUGCUUUUGGCAUGGAAAUAAUAUGACUUUACCAUAUCUAUGUUUCUUUCCGAA